AUGUCCGCGAAGUCGAUCCUCGAAGCCGAUGGCAAGGCCAUCCUCAACUACCACCUUACCAGAGCUCCCGUCAUCAAGCCCACUCCUCUCCCUGCCGCCGCCAACCACAACCCUCACGCCAAGCUCUGCUCCCUCUACUUCGCCGAGGGUGCUUCCCCCAAGGAUGUCCUUGACGAGGCCGAGGUCAAGUACCCCUGGCUGCACGAGUCUGGCGCCAAGUUUGUCGCAAAGCCCGAUCAGCUCAUCAAGCGACGAGGCAAGAGCGGCCUUUUGGCCCUGAACAAGACCUGGGCUGAGGCCAGAGCAUGGGUCGAGGAGCGUGCCGGCAAGCCUCAGAGAGUCGAGACUGUCGAUGGUGUCCUGAGACAGUUCUUGGUCGAACCUUUCGUGCCUCACCCCCAAGACACCGAGUACUACAUCAACAUCAACUCCGUCCGUGAGGGCGACUGGAUCCUCUUCACCCACGAGGGUGGUGUCGAUGUCGGUGAUGUCGACGCUAAGGCUGAGAAGCUCUUGAUCCCCGUCGACCUCAAGGAGUACCCUUCGAACGAGGAGAUUGCUGCCACUCUCCUCAAGAAGGUUCCCCAGGGUGUCCACAACGUCCUUGUUGACUUCAUCUCCCGCCUUUACGCUGUCUACCUACCUCGAGAUCAACCCCUCGUUGUCAUCCCCAAUGCUGAUGCCACCUCUGCUGAGGUCCACUUCCUCGACUUGGCUGCCAAGAUCGAUCAGACUGCUGAGUUCGAGUGUGGUGCCAAGUGGGCCAUCGCUCGCUCUGCCACUGCUCUCGGCUUGAACGUCGCUGACAAGAAGGACACCAAGGUCUCCGUUGACGUCGGCCCUCCCAUGGAGUUCCCCGCUCCUUUCGGUCGUGAGAUGUCCAAGGAGGAGGCUUACAUCGCCGAGAUGGACGCUAAGACUGGUGCUUCCCUCAAGCUGACCAUCCUCAACGGCAACGGUCGUGUUUGGACCCUCGUCGCUGGUGGUGGUGCUUCGGUCGUCUACGCCGAUGCCAUUGCCUCUGCCGGUUACGCUGGUGAGCUUGCCAACUACGGCGAGUACUCCGGUGCUCCCACCGAGACCCAGACCUUCCACUACGCCAGAACCGUCCUGGACCUCAUGCUCCGUGCUCCCAUGCACCCCGAGGGCAAGGUCCUCUUCAUCGGUGGUGGUAUUGCCAACUUCACCAACGUCGCCUCCACCUUCAAGGGUGUCAUCCGCGCCCUUCGUGAGGUUUCUCCUCUCCUUAUCGAGCACAACGUCAAGAUCUGGGUCCGCCGUGCUGGCCCCAACUACCAGGAAGGUCUCAAGAACAUCAAGGCCGUCGGUCAAGAGCUCAAGCUCGACAUGCACGUCUUCGGCCCUGAGAUGCACGUCUCCGGUAUCGUCCCUCUUGCCCUUGUCCCCGGCAAGUACACUCCCGACAUCAAGGAGUUCGGUGCAUAA